AGGAAUAUAAUAUGCAGUCAAAGACUGCUAGAGUAAGUACUUAAAUAAUAACCAACAUACACCAUUGAGAUUUUUUAGGCUCCCUAAUCCUACCCAAGAAGUAAGAAUGAAUUCGUGGCAACUGGCGUGCAAUGAUGAAUUGAUCAUGGCUACUGAUCCUGUGAAAUUGUAUGGAAGCAUGAGAAAUUGCAGUCUACUUUUUGAGGAUCAUUUGAUGGAAAAGUACGAAUUUAAAGAAAAUGCUGUUCCUACACUGAACUUGGUAUCCUUCUCAGGCUCCGUACAUGAGGAGCAUUCAUAUUGCAGUGAUGAAAAUAAAGAAGUAGGUCAUUUUAUGGAAAUAGAUGAUAGCUCUGAAGAUAGGAUGAACACAAGAGCAAGAAGCAUUGGUACCCAAACAGAGCCAGAUAUGGUGAACACAGGAACGCAGACACUUGUGCAGAAGUCUGAUUCUCAAGUGCAGACAGAAAAGCAACUUUCAGCUAACACACCAAGAAAAAUCAAAUAA